CACACCGGUACACAUGGCUGCAUACAAAGGCCACAUGGCGGUAUUGGAAGUCCUGAGCCGAAAGGGCGCUCGCUUGGAAGAGACCGACAAGGACGGCGACACACCUCUCCACUUGGCAGCCUCUGAAGGCCAUCUCCACGUCGUGUUUUUGCUCCUUUCCCUGAAGGUUUCCCCGAAGCCGAAGAACAGGCGAGGGAAGACCCCCCAGGAUGUGCUGAAGAAACCCUCCGAGACAAAAAACUCCAACAUGAAAAUAUUCAGAAGCAUCUCCCAGACACAUAUAAUGGAGAAAUGGGUUGAAAGCGAGCGGGGAAGACUCAACCUCACGAGGGAAAUGAGGACGCAGCAGACGAGCCACGAAGAAGACCAAAAAGACCUGCAAGAGAAGCUGCGAGAAAAGGAUGAGAAGGUCAAAGAGACGCAGAAUGAAAAUGCCGCUUUGAAGGAUGCUGUUGCAAAGAAAGAUGGGGAUUUAGAAAGAUUGAAGACGAGCCUCGAAAACUACCAAAAAGACAUGAAGGAGAAGCUGCGAGACAAGGAUAAGGAGGUUGAGGAGAAGGAAAUCGACAUUGCUUCUUUGAAGGACGCUCUUGCGAAGAAGGAAGAUGAAAUAAGCGCAGUUAAGACGAGCCUCGAAAACUACCGAAAAGACAUGAAGGAGAAGCUGCGAGACAAGGAUAAGGAGGUUGAGGAGAAGGAAAUCGACAUUGCUUCUUUGAAGGACGCUCUUGCGAAGAAGGAAGAUGAAAUAAGCGAAGUUAAGACGAGCCACGAAAAAGACCAAAAAGACCUGCAGGAGAAGCUGCGAGAAAAGGAUGAGAACGUCCAAAAAACGCAGGAUGAAAAUACUGCUUUGAAGGAUGCUGUCACAGAGAAAGAAGAUGUUAUAAGAAGUCUUCAGGUGAGAUACAGAUGAAAGCAGAGAGAGUCCUGAAGUAGGGAAAGGGAG